AUGUUGCUGGAGCCCACGUGUGGAGCAGGGCAGCAGCAGUCACCCAUGUCACACCGUGGCUGUGGUGCUCUCCGGAAGGAGCCCAGGCAUCCUCCAGAUUGUCUUCUCUACAGUUAUUCUCUGGAAAGGCAACUGCUAAUGCAGAACCAGAUGAGAGAGAGACAAACAGCCAUGCAGAUUGCUUGGGCACGGGAAUUUCUCAAAUAUUUUGGCACAUUUUUUGGACUUGCUGCGGUAGGUUUAACAGCUGGAGACAUAAAAAAGAAGAACCCAGGAGUUUUGGUGCCAAUAGUUCCCUUAAGCUUUGUAUUUGCUUAUCAAUAUGAUACGGGCUAUGGGGCACUGUUACAGAGGAUAAAAGGUGAAGCAGACAACAUAUUGGACACACAGAGCACUUUGCUAGAAUUGCACAAAGGGCUACUCACUUACGAAAACCUGGAGAAAAUCUGAAGAUCUCAGAGCAAAUUCUUCAUAGAAAAAUAG